GAGGACUGUGACUGCUGAGCCGACCCCUAGAACCUCCCCCCCAGCCUGUGUCCCAUGGCAUCACUCUCCUCUCCCUGCCCCCGCUUUGGGGCAGCGCUUCCAGGGUAGCACAGCAUCGCGGCCCUGUCGUGGCCCUGCUAACUGGACACUGGCGUUGCGUUUUUUUGCAGCAUGCCAUACACCAGGUCUUCUCCCAGGACCCGGAGAUCUACCAGAAUCAGCCAGGGUGCCAGUGCAGCCUCUCCCUCAAUGGCCCUGCGCCAUAAAAUGAAAGAGAAGAUCCAGCAGUCGGUGGGGAAAGAGCGCUUGUCUGAGCCAAGGAGGCAAAGUAUUUCUGACACAACAUCUCUGCCAAAGAAGAGAGCAGCUGUUCUCCCUGAUCUUGAUAAUGAUACACCAAGGGUGGUGCUCAGAAAAAUCAUCCGGACCCAGCCACAAGUUUCACCUUUAGUUCCUCCAGUGCAUGAGACCAAACAACCUGAAGAGUCUGGAUCGCAGCCUCCAUCGGAGAGAAUUUCUAGUGGCUCUGCGCCAGGAAGCCAGCGUGUGGGGAUUACUGAGUUUGAGCGAGGAGCAGAUGAGCGACUGCCUCGAGCCCUGGACCAGCCAACGCUGGACAACACCGCUCUGACAAGGUCUCUUCAGAUCUCUCUUGCUACCCCGGUGCCACCAGAGUCUGUUGAAAAGAGAGGCUUAAUCCGCAGGCCGAAGAACCGCAGAGCUGUCAACGUGGAGGCUUUUGAAGGCGGCGUGGAGCAGCACUUGUUGCAGAUGAAAGGCACACAAAACUACCUGGUGGAGUCGCAGGCAACGUCCCUGAUUGGCGUGACCAUGGGGGCGAGUGAUACUGAAAUCAUCCUCAGCAACACGGAGCUCUUCGCCCAGCCGCAGCGCGGGGAGCAAAGCUACGCCGGCGUCUCGGCUCUAGACCCAACGCUCUCGAGAGGCAAAACGGCAGCGCCAGGGAGCCGGGUUUCCAGCGCAGCCGCUGGGGAGGGCCCGGUGCUUGAUGUGGGUGCAGAGGAGAGAACGCCGCAGAGCCGGCAGGGGAAGGACUUGGCCCAGGAUCCUGAGCACGCUGAUCAGCUGGCCGCUGGGUCUCGGGGCCUGCUCGGGGCAGAGCAGCGAGAACGUACCCGAGGGAGCAGUUACUCGGAGCCGCUUCCUGGGGCAGACGAGCUGGCGGCUGGCUCUUUUGACAGAGCAAGUGCUCUGCCGCCAGCUGCCGCCAUGAGUCUGAGCAGACGUUCGGAUGCCCUGUCUGCUGUGCUGUCCGGUGGGACCUCCCUGAGGAAAACGGUGUCCCGUACCAUCGAGGCGCUGGAAGAUGCGGAGGAGAGAGCGGAGGAGGCUGACCUGGAGCAGGACGGAGGAGAGCUGGAGGGGGCUGCUAGUGAGGCUGUCCAGAGCCCCAGCCGUGCGAGAACCCCCAGCUCGAGCAGGCGUUCUGGCGCCUCGUCCGCUCCGAGCCCUGAGCGGUCUGGAAGGAAGUCGCUGAAGGAAGCCGUAGAACGGGAGGUGGUGCCGGAUGCUGGGGCUGUACCAGGAGAGGAGGGUGACUCCGAAGAAGAGGAGAUGACCGAGGAGGAAGCUGAAACGGAGGAGCCUGUGAGCGAUGAGCUCUCCACGAAGACGCUCAGACCGUUCCCCCUGCCCCCAACCCCCCGCUCCCUGAGCACCGCUGCUGCAGCCAGUGCGCUACUGCCCCCCAAGCCGAGCCUGGCUCCGAGGGCUGCCAGGGGAGCAGCGAGGGCCCCCCGGAGGAAGCGAGAGCCCGCGUUACCCAGCAGCCUGAUCAAGAAGAUCUUCAGCCACUUUGUGAAAGUGCCCGUGGCCAGAGAGGCCGUUACGGUGGUUGAGAAGUGCGUGGAGGUGUACUUCGGGCAGCUCUGCAAGGACCUGGAGGCUUACACCAGCCACGCGGGGAGGAAGACUGUGGAGGAGGCAGACCUGGAGCUCCUCAUGAGAAGACAAGGGCUGGUGACGGACAAGAUGCCUCUGCGAGUGCUGAUAGAGCGCCACCUCCCUCUGGAGUACCGGAAGCUGCUGAUUCCCGUGGCCAUGAGUGGCAAUAAGGUGAUCCCUCGCAAGUAAGUGGGUGCCGCCUGCUGCAGGGACUGGCCGAAGCUGCUUCCCGGCGCCCCUGAUGCCCCACGGUGGUUGGACGUUAGAAACUUUGGGUCCGGCCUAAAGGGGGUCGAAUCGCAGGCGGGUUCUUCGCGUGUGCCCGUGCGCUGAGUGCUGCCCCCUGGCGCUGACGGGUCUCCUAACGGGACAGCGGGGAGCGACUGGCCUGUGCUGGGCCCUGUCACACCCUGUGCGGAUGAGCUGCCUUCUCUUCGGACGUGGAAAUGGCAAUAAAAGGCGCGUUUCACA